AACUAACCAAAGAUAUCUAAAUAAAGCCAACAGAAUACGUCCUUCCCCUUUCCACUAGUGUUAAACGUGAGACAGGCAUAACUCACAUCUCAGAGUUCUCAGAUACAGAUGCAAGACACAUAAUGGGGUGGAUGAGUCGGUACCUUCUCAGCUGUUGGAUUUGGUGUUCACUUCUCACCAUGCUGAAUACUGAACAACCAGAACUGGGUGGUCCAGAAGACUGCAAGAAUGCUGACUUUGUUCCUGGCUACAACCUCGGUGGAGAAGGCUUUGAUGUUGUAAAGAUGGAGCGAAAAGGGUCUUAUGUCAUCGACAUGGAAAAGUGGGACACUGGGAAUGGCAGCUGCAAAAUGUACAGUAACGCAUACCUGAAGAAGGCAAAGCAGAAGACACCAGCUGCUGUGGUGUUCUGGAGAGCACUCCCAAAGUGUUCAAUGAAGGUCUCCAGCAAGAUGUAUGAGUCGAGUGAAGCUCUUGUGAACGAUUCUACUUCUUCAAUCUCAAACAACUGGAAAACUGGACUCGAUGUGAUGUUUAAGGGUUCGGGUUCAUUAGGAGGAACUCAUUCCCGUGAAGCACAAUUCGGUAUGAAGAAGUCAAAGGAGGACAAUUUCAGCUUUACCAAGCAUGUUGUCAAAUGCAGCUUUUACAGCUACAAAAUAGCAUCUUCACCACCACUGCAUCGUGAGUUUCUUCAGGCUCUGCAGUCUCUUCCCCGAGAAUAUGAUUCACAUGCCUAUCAACGCAUAAUUGACAUGUUUGGCACACACUUUACAACAGGAGUGGAGUUAGGUGGGAAGAUGAAAGCAGUAACAGCCAUCAGAACCUGUAAAGCAGCACUGAGUGGACUUACAGAUACAGCGGUCAAAGACUGUUUGGAUGUGGAAGCAUCAGGCACAUACAAGACUGCUACUUUGAGUACAGAAUCCCAACACUGUCGAGACUUAAAGAAGAAAAUGAGCACAGAUGAAAAAUUCAGCUCAAUGUUUAAUGAGCGACAGACAGAGAUUGUAGGAGGGAACAUCAAUGGUGAGGAUCUCCUUUUCUCCAGGAACUCACACCCAAAUUCUUUAAAACAGUGGCUGGGUUCCCUGAAGACCAUCCCAGAUGUUGUGACAUACACUCUUCACCCCCUACAUUCAGUGCUGAACAAGAACCACCCUGCCAGGAACGGACUAAAGAAGGCAGUAGAAAAUUAUAUCCGUGACAACGCCUUAAAAAAGGUUUGCUGUGGGUCCUGUAAGAUAGGGCACCAGAAUAGUGCAAGAGAUCGCUGUGCCUGUGUUUGUGAAGCAAAUGCAAAUAUACUGUCCAAUUGCUGUCCUGUUCAAAAAGGUCUAGCCACACUGAAGGUUUUCAAACUCCGAGCCAAUGGUUUAUAUGGAGACCGCUGGACUGAAACAGAUGGCUCUGUAGAGGUCAGUUACGGCGACACGGUCAGGCGCACUGCCGUAAUUAAAGAUAAUAACAAUCCCCGUUGGACAGAAUCAAUUGAGUUUGGUCCCGUCAAGCUGUCCAUCAGCAAAAAACUCUCUUUCAAAGUAUAUGAUGAAGACACGUACUGGAACAGUGACCUUCUUGGAGAGUGCUCCUUUGACCUGAGAAGUGGAAAAGUGACUGACACGUGUUUCUUCCAAUAUGGCACUUUCUUUUUCUCCUAUUCUGUAGAAUGUGCUCCUAGUCUGCAGGGUCCAAAGUGUGCAGAUUACAGUGCUUCUCCGAUGGACUCCCAUCUGGCCAAAAUAUUCCAGUCCAGAAACGGCAUUCUGGCUAAAGAUAUGUGGAAGCUCCAGGAGGCCCAGAAUUACUCCAAUAACCCCUAUUUCAAGGGUUAUAAACAGUAAUACAAAGCUUAUGCAGCAGUUAUGAUGCUAAACAGCUUAGCGUAUUUGGCUUGUUUCACAGAUCAAGAACAUCUGCAUAAAUGUAACAAAAAAGUAUUUUACUUGGUUUCAUAUUUUAACCAUUGCUUGCUGAAUGUUUGACUGCCUUGCAAGUUGCACUUUGGUUUAAGUAAAGCAUCCACAAAGACA